AGGAGGCUUCUCUCUCACAAAGCUGCCUUCUCAUUAGCCUUACCUGAAAGUAAACUUGAAGAAAGGUCUAGAAAAUGGAAGACGCAGAAGGAUAUAUGUCAAUAGAACCAGAAAGAAGGAAUACCCACUUGCCACCUAUUCCACGAAAGACACAAGCUUCUUGUUCAACAUGCUGCAAAAUCACACUGGCCAUUGUGCUGGUAGGAAGCAUUGCUCUGAAUGUGGCCCUAGUCACACUUCUAAUAGUUUUCCAGAUUGGAAAUGUGCAAGACGAUUCCUGCCCACUGAAGUCACCCAAUUCCUGUGAAUGGGUCCCAGGCAGUACAACAGAACACGUGACUUUCGAUCCAGACACUGCUCAUCCACGGAUUGUCAUACCUCAGGAUAAGAAAAGUGCAAGAUGGGGCGAGGUGGAGCAGAGCCUGCCCAACACCACCAAGAGAUUCGAUACGCGGGUCUGGGUGCUGGGCCAGAAGGGAUACAACUCAGGGAAGCAUUGCUGGGAGGUUGAGGUGAAGGGAGAGGGAGAAUGGGCGGUGGGGGUCGCCAAGCAAUCUGUGAAGAGAAAGGGCCCAACGAAUUUCAGCACCGAUGAAGGCAUCUGGGCUGUGGGAGAGUACUGGGGGAAGGCAAACUACCUCGCUUUCACCUCUCCAAACCAUACACGUCUUCAACUCUCCAAGAAACCCCGGAAUAUUCGUGUCUUUCUAGAUUACACCCAAGGGCUGGUGGAAUUUUUCAAUGUUGAGACUAAGUCUGCAUUGUAUGCGUUUGUUCAAGCUUCUUUUUCUGGAGAAACGAUCUAUCCUUGGUUUCGUGUGUGGGAUGGAACUGAACUUAUACUGCAUCCCUGAAGGACUGAAAUCAAUGCAAAAAUGGUCUGUCUCAAGGGCCAGAAGUUGGCAUCUUGUGGCUCUCCAGGUAUUUUGGGCUAUAAUUCACAUAAGCCUGAUGACAGUGACUGGAGCUUAUGGGAGCUGUAGUUCAAAACACCGCAGUCCCCAGCUUGCCUACCUCAUCCUAAAAGCUAUGAAACUGCUGGGCUCUCCUCAUGGAAACACUACAGCCUUCCUCAAGAAAUGCUAAACUUGGCAGGAGUUUAAUUCAUUCUCCACAGUUACAAGCAAGGUCUUAGAAACAUACAAACAGAGCAAGUCAGAAGGGGUCUCCCAGGCCAUCUAGUCUGACCCCUGACUCCAGCCAGCAACUGUCAUG